GGUCAACAAGGCCUCGUUACCCCAGACCUCAGGCUGGCAUGGCUCGUCUCCACGCCGCUGUCGCGCUCCAGUAGUUCUCCCACCACCACCACCGACACACCCGCCGCCCGCCGCCCGCCGCCCGCCGCCACAGUCGCCAUGUACGGGGACCUGGGCAGCUCGCGCAACCUGGGGGCCUCGGUCUCGUCGCUGUCGUCGUCUCGGCAGCACUCGCAGCACAUCGCCAAAGCCUACCGCCAGGCCGCCCAGCUCUUCCUCACGCGUCGCCUGCCCGAGGCCUUGUCCACCAUCGAGCCCAUCAUCACCCCGCCCGCCCAGGACGAUGUCAAUGGCUCCCCCGACGGCGACCUCGCCGGCUAUGCGCCCAUAGCAACCGCGUCGCGGGGCACGCGGGUCAAGGUGUGGAGCUUCUACCUCACCUUCCUCAAUGCCGUCGUCGAGCUGGGCGCCGAAGAGGGCAAGCUUGCAUUUGGCAGCACGCGAUGGAAGCAAUUGGUCUCCAAGUGCCGCGAUGGCAGCGUGUGGGACGACGUUGCGCGCGAUGGCUAUGCCGGCGUAGAGGGCGACGUGGAUGCCGAGGUCGUUGUCAACUUGGCAACCCUUCUACUCACGCACUCACCCUCGCAGCGGCUGAACCAGCACAAGCUGGAAACGUACCUAUCGGCCUCGGCCAACCCCGUCUUCGACAUCUCCUCCCACAUGACCUCCUCUGCAUAUCUCCAGCGCCGCCCUAGCCAGCAGAACAACGGUACCGACACGCCCCGGGACCUCAACACCCGAUUGAAGCUCCUCGAGCUUUACACCCUCCAUGUGCUGCCCCGCAACGACGAGUGGGACUAUGCCCGCGAGUUCAUUUCCAUGUCCGAGGUGCUCGACGACGAGCGCAAAGAGGCCUUCCUGCUUGCACUGCACUCGCUCAAGGAAGAGAAGGAGGAUGCAGAGAAGCGCGAAGAACGGCUACGCCAACAGCAGCAGGAGCAACUAGAGCAACGGAGAAGAGAAACAGAGGCCCGCCGGCUAGAGCAGUCUCGUGCAGAAGACGAACGCAGGAAACGUGAAGAAGAGAACAGGCGGCAGCCCAGAGGUUCCGACGAGGUUUUCCGAGGAAAGGGCAACGCCCCCCGUCAAGCGGCCUCCACAUCAUCACGAGCAUCACGACCAGCCAAGAAAGCAGUCACUCCGCCGCCCGGCCUAUACCACCGCGCGACCGCCCUGCUAUCCUCCAUGCACGCUAUGAUCACGAACACGGCGCACUCGAUGACGGCGAACCCCAUGGCGUUCUUCCGCACGCUCCUCUUUCUUCUUGCUUUUGCGGUUGCAUUUGGACGGCGCGAUCUGAGGGAGCGCAUCAUGCGCGUCCUAAGAAAUGGCCUCGACAAGGUCCGCCGGACGGUGGGCAUGGGCGUCAAGGUCUCGUAUAUUUGAUGAUUUGAUUUACUGCGAUGGGGGUGAUACCCUUCUUGUACCAUAUUUGGCAUCCACAGCUGCGAAGUGCAACCUAGCUUGCUUAGUUAAUAUCAAUUGUUACGGUAC